AUGAAGCGACAACCCCAACUUUCCCUUUCCGUUGGCAAGGAACGAACCAAGGUGAAACCAGCCAAGGCGGACCCUGCAGAGAUAGACUGGGAGAAGGGAGAGCACGAGGGUUUCGUUUCGAUCGCAAACCAUUCUCUUUUCCUGUCAGUCUACGGCCCAAACCGUCGCUACAACUCACCGAUUGUGAUCGUAUUGCCCGAUGCAGGAUGCAGCUGCAGACAAUGGACCGCCGUUCGGAAACUCAUUCAACGAACAACUCGCGUUCUGCUCUACGAUCGCUCUGGCUAUGGGGACUCUGAGGAAAUGUCAAACCCUACUACGCCCACUGCUGAAAAUCUUGCACUCGAGCUCGAUUCGCUUCUCGCUGGGGCGGAGAUCAGACCCCCGUAUAUUCUCGUCUGUCACUCAUACGGGGGGAUCAUUGCUCGGGAAUUUCUACACUUGAAAAGGUUCAAGGGUGAACUUUGCAAUGUCAUAGGGAUAGUCUUUGUGGAGGGUGAUCAUGAAAACACUCCGGCUUUAGCACGCCAUCCGGGUCUACAGGCGCUCACCAAGGGACACGAGGAUCUGCUCGAGAUCGCCGAAACCGACGACGUCGUGUUGGAUAAGGAAGAUUACGAAGCCCUUGUAGAGGAGUCUCAAAGUUCUAAACUCCAUGAAAUGGCAGAUGCUGAGUUCAGCCAGAUUGAAGAGAGCUGCUUGGAACUAGGGAAGAAAAACCAGUUGGAAGCCGAUCCACCCAUUCUCGGGUCGUAUCCUGUCAGUGUCCUGAAGGGAGACGCUGCAAGAUCUCAUGAGAUAUUAUACGAACUUGCUAUCAAGGAAGGGAGAGGAGCAUCCAUGGCACCCCAGGCCGAGUGGAAGAGGGUAAUAGCUGAUUUUCGGGAACUGGAUGAGUUCCUGCAAACGGAGAAUUUGAAACUGUCAACGAAACAUUCCUACUCGAUUGCAAGACGUGGUGGCCACAACAUCCAUCUUACGGAACCCAAAGCCAUAUUGAGGGAGGUUAACUGGGUGUUAGAUAAUACUUGGCGCUAG